GGCCCUAUAAACCAUAAAACAUAAUUUAAAAUAUCAUUACCAAAAUUACCCUUCUUUCUCUUCCAAGACCCAGCUGAUUAUACCCUUCUUCUCUUUCUAAGCCACGAUUCUAUCAUCAGGCUGCGGCGUCUCCGUCGUCUUUCAAAGAUUCCGAGCCAUGGCUCGUUUCCGUAACAGAAAGAAGAAGGUUUUCGUGAAGCCAAUUGUGAAAAAGCAGCAGCAGCAACCGAAUGUGGACCAUAUUACAGGGAAUAAAAUCCCAAAGAGUUUUGUGUUUUCUAGAGGGAAGCUGCCUGGUCCUCUUAGGCAAAUUCAAAUGGAUUUGAGAAAGUUGAUGCUUCCUUACACUGCUCUCAAACUCAAGGAGAAGAAGAGGAACAAUCUGAAAGACUUUUUGAAUGUUGCAGGGCCAAUGGGUGUAACCCACUUCCUCAUUUUAUCAAAAACUGAAACUUCACCUUUCUUGCGGGUUGCAAAGACACCUCAAGGCCCUACUCUUACAUUUAAAAUACAUGAGUAUUCAUUGGCUGUUGAUAUUGCACAAUCUCAAUUGCGCCCUAGAUGUCCUCAGGAUCUUUUCAAAAAUUCUCCCUUGAUUGUUCUGUCUGGCUUCGCAGCAGGAGAUGAACAUUUAAAGCUCACGACUACCAUGUUCAAGAACAUCUUUCCAGAUAUUGAUAUCAACACUGUUAAACUUUCUUCGUGCCAGAGGAUUGUGUUACUAAAUUACAAUAAAAACACAAAACUUAUUGAUUUUCGACAUUACUCUAUCAGACUACAGCCUGUUGGUGUCUCCCGUAGAAUCAGAAAAUUUGUGCAGAACCAUCAAGUACCUGAUCUUAGGAAUCUUCAAGAUGUUAGCGACUUUGUCACUAAAGCUGGUUAUGGAUCAGAAAGUGAAGCAGAUGAGGAAGCUGCAACAGUUACUCUGACUAGUGAUCUGAGUCGAGUUAAUCGUGCAUCUACCAAAAGUGCUGUCAAGCUUCAAGAAAUUGGACCUAGAAUGACUCUCCAGCUCAUCAAGAUUGAGGGUGGACUAUGUUCUGGUGAAGUUAUGUUCAGUGAAUAUGGAAACGGUGGCAAUAAGAAAAAGCCAAGCAAUCGGGAAGGUAAUGAAGCGGAAGAUGGUGAGAAUGAUAACGAAAUGGAAGAUAGUGAUGAAGACAAUGAAGGGGUGGAUAAUGAGGAGGAUAUUGAAGAAAGUGAGGAAGAUGAAGAAGACUAAUAUUUCAACAAAAUGGAAGGGUACAACUUCCAUUACAAUUAUAAUUAGUCAUGUUCUUUACACGGGAAAGGUGCUUACCUAAAGUGAGAGAGAGAGAGCCUCCAUCAUUAGAUGAUCUGAUCAGCUGUCAUGGCAGUUAGCCUUUUAUUUUCCGUUGUUCUUUUCCUCUUUGAUUGUUGCUUACAUUCGUUGUAGAAGAUCCGUUGAUUUUGAUAUGAGAAGAGAAAUCCAAUUGGUGUCAAUAUGUUUAAUUUCUCUUGGAUAAGUGGGAAGAGUUA